GUUUUAGGCACCCCUUAAAAAUACACAAUGCAUGUUUACUAUUGAAACAAUGAAUAAAUAAUUAUCUUUAAUGUAUUGUCAGGGUCAUAUAACGUUACCUGGCACAGUAGGUGGCAUAUUUUGAGGUCAUGAAAAACCCUGGUCACCGAAAACAAAAGAUUUCAGUUAUUUGUAAUCUCAUCAGUGAUUAUAAGACCAGUUGUGUUCUAGACUUCAACUAGUAAACGAGCUGUAAUUUUUUUUUGAGUGACAAAUUGACAUCGUAUUAAUUCUAAAAUGCCCAAAAAAAGUAAAAUUACUAUUGAAAAUCGAGUGAAAAUUGAACUUUUACACGAACAAGGGCGAUCCCAGAAAGAAAUCGCCAAGUUGGUGAAAUGUUCGCGUUGCGCUGUACAGUCGGCCAUCAAACGGUUUACUGAGACCGGUACCCACGACGACAAACCACGAGCUGGCCGAAAACGUGUGACUACGGAUCGCGAAGAUAGAAAAUUGGUUCGAGAGUCACUGAAAAAUAGGAAGAAAACUUCAUCCGCGCUUGCUGCUGCCUUGUCAGAUGAAGCUGGAAAGUCAAUAAGUUCGCGAACCGACACAAGAAGACUCGGGGAAGCAGGCCUAAAAGGGUGCAAAGCCAGGAAGAAGCCUAGGCUGUCAGAAACUAAUUAAAAGAAGCGCCUAGAAUAGCUUUACAGUACCAACAUUUCACAGAGGAAGAUUGGGUUAAUGUGGUGUGGUCUGAUGAAUCUAACUUUAAGGUUUUUGGGACACCGGGUGUGACCUUUGUGAGGCGACGUAUGGGCGCAGAAUACCAUGCAGAUUGCGUUGUACGUACUGGCAAGCACGAAGGAGGUAGCAUUAUGAUCUGGGGCUGCAUGGCUGCCGAAGGCGUUGGUGAAAUGUUUGUUUGUGAAGGUCGUAUGAACAGUGAAAAGUACAUCCAAGUACUCAAAACUCCUCUAAUACCUUCGCUAAUAAGCAUUUACGGUGACACCAACCUAGACGGCGUCAUUUUUCAGCAAGACAACGCACCGUGUCAUAAGUCAGGGAUUGUGAUUCGUUGGUUUGUUGAAAAUAAUAUUGAGGUGCUGGAUUGGCCGAUGCAGUCUCCAGACCUCAACCCAAUUGAGCAUCUUUGGGGUAUUUUAAAGCAGAGGAUCAAGGAGCAUAGUAUUUCAUCAAAAAGUGCAUUAAAAAUGCAUUAGUUUAAGAAUGGAACAGUAUUUCUAGGAAUGAGUGUACAAAGUUAGUACGCAGUAUGCCGGCUCGAAUCAGUGCAGUAAUAAAAUCUAAAGGUGGACCUACUAGAUUUUAAGCUUUUCUUGUUUAUAUUAACCUAAUUUUUAAGAAAUAAAUAAAUAUAGAAAAUAAAAUUUGUUUUACUUCAUUAUUUUAAUAAAAGUUGGGGGUGCCUAAUACUUUUGGCCAAGGCUGUAUAUCAUCUCAAGUGCCUUGCGAUGUCGGAGGAAAAGUUUGAAGAACUAACCGUGGAAUAUAAAAAGCAAUGGAGGUGUCCAGAAUGCAUACGUUCAGUUCCCAGGAAGGAUAAUUCUAAUACACCAGUGCGAGGAAUUAUUAUGAAUAAAAGUUUCACUCCAAGCACCUAUAUAAACACGGAGCGAGGCAAUCGAGUAAAUCCCAAUGAGUCAAUGUGUAUAGAAACAGAAAGCAGACUAGUGGAGGAAAUGCGUGAGUUUAGACUAGAAGUGAUGGCAAGAAUGGAUAAUCAAAGUAAGGAAUAUACAUUGUUAUUGAAUAGAUUUACAAACCAAGAGAAAGAACUUGGGGAGCUAAGAAAGAUGUUAAAGGCAAGUGAAGAAAAAUCAAGUGUUAUAAUUAAUCUUUUGGAGAAGAAGAUCCAAAAACUAACGUUGAAAAAUACGCAGCUAGAACAUAAGGAUAAUACAAAAAAUCAAAAAAGUGGUAGUCAAACGGGCGAAGAACCGCCUAACGUAUCUUAUGUAAACGCGGUUAAGAAGCAGCGGGUAGGAAGUAAAUAUUCCAUAGAAAAUAAAAAUGAAGCCACGAAACCAGCGGAUACUGAGGACAAUAUAAACAUGGCAGUUAGUAAAAUUACCAAGGAAAAUAAAGAAGAAAAGGUAACAGCAGUAGUAGAAGAAUGGAUGACGGUAAAGAAGAGAAGGAGUAGGUAUCCUACCAGUGAAGUAAGAAAAGGGGGUCGCAUAAACGAGUGUGAAAUAAAAGGAAGCGAGCGCAAAAAAUUCUUACAUGUUUGGAGGUUAAGUGAACAGACCACAAAAGAAAAUCUGGAGAGGUACGUAAGAGAUAUAUGUGGAAAGGAAACUCAAAUCAGUGUGGAGAAAGUAGUACACAAAACAAAAAGAGACUACGCGUCAUUUAUAAUUGGAGUGCCAGAGAGCAAAUAUGGAAAACUGUGCGAGCCAGAAAAUUGGGCAGUUAAUAUAGAAUAUUGCGAGUGGGUGUGGUUUCGUAGACAGCCCAAAGCAGUCCAAAAAUUCAAGUAAAUCUAUAGAUAUAUACUACCAAAAUGUGAGAGGGCUGCGAACUAAGCUGGAAGAAU